AUGUCUCAGGCGCCAAUGAAUCCAGCAAACACUCAAGGUGCUGCUGAAAAAGAUACCGUGGAAAAUAUGAUGAAUAACCUUGAUACUAUUACUCAAUCAAUUAAGAGAAUUCAAGAAGAACUGAACGGUUUCGAAUUUUUAUUAAAUCAAUCAAAAAUCGCAUGUAAGCAAUACCAAGAUGAAAUCGAGACAUUAGAGCAAAUAAAGAAAGAUCUUCAAACCAGAACUUCCGGAAAUCAAUUAGUUCAAGUUAAACAAGAAAUGUUACCCAAAUUAAAUCAAGAACCUUUUCCAAAGCCAAUGCCGAAAUUUUCUCAAGAUGGAAAUAUUCUUUCUCAUGAUCAAAUCGAAUGGACAACAAGUCCUCCGCAUAUAAAAAAUACUGGCAUCAAACUUCGCUAUGCAUUGUCGUUAAAUUGCAUCUUGUGCGCUACGCAAUUCAGUCCCGAUGGUCAUUAUUUUGCAUUUACAGACAAAAAGACUUUAUUUAUCAUAAAUACCUCUGAUGGAUCGUUAGUUGGAACUGGCAUGAUACCUGGCAAUGAAGACCAAUAUACAAGGAUUAUUGCUUUCUCUUCGAAUUCUAAAUACGUCGCAAUUGGUGGCAAAAGUAACGAAAUCUACGUUUACGACAGAGCAAACCCAUCUAAUGUCUUUCAAAUAUUGAAGAAACAUGCAAAUAUUGUAUCAUUAUUACACUUUUCUCCAGAUUCCGAGAGAUUAUAUUCUGGAAGUUACGAUGGACAGAUUUGCAUAUGGGAUACCAAGACAUUUAAGCUCAUAAAAUGCAGAGAACAAAUAAAUCAGGAGAAAGGAGAUGGUCUUGUCAGUUUUGCCUUAUCUCAUGACGGAAAAAUGCUUGCCUUAGGUUUUGUCAAAGGAACUGUAAUGUUACUUGAUUCUUCUCUUGAUCAGACACAACAUGUAAUUACUUUCAAGGCUCAUGAAGCUAUUUUACAUGGAUUAUCUUUAUCUAAUGACGAUGACUUCCUUGCAAUUGCUUCUCAAGAUCAGACAGCAUCUGUAUGGCAUAACUCGUUCGUUCCGAAGAAGGUUCAUUCGUUUUCAGGCCACACAAACAUCGUUUUAACGUGCUGUUUCACAAACGACAAGAAAAUGCUCAUAACAGGGUCAAAAGACGAGACGAUCAAGAUUUGGUCGAUAAAUACCGGUGAAUGCUUAUGUACAAUCAAUGCACAUAAAAAUACAAUUUUCCAGGUUCAACAUCACCCAACAGAGAAUGCUUUCUUGUCAUGCUCUGGUGAUGGAAAGGUCUGCCUUUGGGAUUAUGCACCUGGUUACUACUUGACUCCUUAA